AUGACAACCGCUAAAGCCUACAGAAAAGGUUCUGUAUUUCCGCCUUUGGAAAAGGGCAAGCUUCGUCUUUACAGCAUGCGCUUUUGUCCGUACGCUGAACGAACCAGAAUGAUCCUGCAAUUUUUGAACGUGCCUCACGAAAUUGUCAACAUUAAUCUCCGAGAUAAACCUGAUUGGUUCGUUGAAAGGAAUCCUUUGGGACUGGUGCCCGUUCUUGAGAUUGAUGAUAAAGUGAUUUUCGAGUCUCCUAUAUGUGCAGAGUACAUUGAUGAAGUUUAUGGUGACAACAAGUUGCUCACUAAAGACCCUUACAAGAGAGCCCAGCAGAAAAUGUUGCUGGAAAGAUUUUCUAAAUUGCCUGUAGGCUUUUAUGCUGGUUUUAGGAGCAAGGACCCUGAGGAGUUGAAAAAAGGCUCUGCUGAAGUUAAUAAGGUCCUGCAAAUUUUUGAAGAUCAACUCACCACGAAAUACUUUGGAGGAGAUCACCCAAAUCUGGUUGACUUGCACAUAUGGCCAUGGUUUGAGAGAUUCGAGUUGGUUAAGCAGGUGUCUGGACAUGAGUUCAUGAAGGAAGGGGUCUACCCUAAGUUGGACCACUGGAUGAAAACCAUGUAUGAGUUGCCAGCUGUUAAGGCCUGUCUAACUCCGACGAAGGAUAAUGUGGAGUUCAUCAAACAAUACGCUAACCCUGAUGUUGCCAUACCUGAUUAUGAUAUUGGUCUUUGA